AUGGCGGAUACAAAAGUAUCGACGGCUGGUGAUGAGGACAAAAUGGCAGGUGUAAAACGCCGCCCAUCCACCAUGAAAGAGGCGUGCACUGGUCCAGCAGUGGGUGGUGACCACUCCCAUGUUCUCCACUUGGGCGCAAAAACGGAGUCGUCCUCGGAUAACCUGCCCGAACCGGAGCGCGAACAUCCCUACAAACAGGCUGAGGAGGUUGGCCCGGGCUACAGGGUUCAAGACAUUGAUGGAUGUGGACAUGGACGCUGUGUGAACAAAGAUGAAGGCUCUACCUGCUCGCCUGGAGGGACUGGACAGAACUGCAAGCAAGCCACAGGAGGCUUUGCCGUGAAGGCACAGCCGUCUGGAUUUGUUGCCCAGGGUUUGCGAGAUGACGUCUACGGGAACAAGACGUACACAGCCAGUACCAGACAGGAAAGUAGCAUUGAACAGGAUGGAAUGAAUGUCGCCCUGGGGAAGACAGCGUUCCAAACAAGCAGCCGUCCGGACGGGGCUGCGAGUCUUGCCGUAGACGGAAACACCGAUACCCACUACCACCAUGGUUCCUGUACACACACUAAAGGUUUCCCGGGGGAGGCUAACCCGAGCUGGUGGGUGGAUCUUGGGCAAUCGUAUGUGAUUGACAGAGUGGUCAUCUUCAACCGCCAGGACUGUUGCUCCAAACGACUCAACCCCUUCAACAUCCACAUCGGGGAUUCCGACCAGGUCAGCGCGAACCCCAAGUGUGGAGGUAAUCAUCAAAUGAACCUGAACCAGCCGUCCAUUUCCGUCUCCUGUCAGGGGAUGAAGGGUCGCUAUGUGGGCGUCCGUCUUCCCGGACCUUACCGAAUACUGACCCUGUGUGAAGUCCAAGUAUUCUCUGAUGAAAGGCAUUUCGAUGGUUGUAAUGCGUGUUCCUGGGGAUGGUUAACACGGCACUCGUCAUGGGUUGUGGGGUCCACUGGCACACCGUGGGUCAAGAAUGGAGUGACAUAUGAUGCCGCAAAGGCCUUGGAUGGCGAUAUUGGAACCUACUGGAACCCUCAAGGUACCGACGAAAACCACAACUGGUACAUCGCAUUCGAUCUCACAGUGCCCCAAACUCUGACCCGCAUCGCAGUCAACAACUACGGUGACACCACCCAUGACAUCGCAGCAUUCACGCUGCAAAAGUCGCAGGUUGGGAGUCCGUACAACUGGGAGGAUGUCCUGACCGUUACUAACGUACAAAGAGGGACGUACCGGCGGCAGGAGUUCGGCGGGUUCCGGGGAACAGCGCGGUACUGGAGGUUCCUCAUCACUCGGACCCACUCGGGCUAUCAGCCAUAUCUCACAGAACUGAACCUUUUCAGAAUUUCAUCAGACAUAAACGAGUGUACCCGGAAGCCUUGUCUACAUGGACACUGUGUUAACAAAGAUGGCGGAUACAAAUGUACCUGCUCGCCUGGAUGGACUGGACAAAACUGUCAGCAAGACACAGAUGAGUGUACCAGAAAGCCUUGUCUUCAUGGACACUGUGUGAACAAAGAUGGCGGAUACAAAUGUAUCUGCUUGCCUGGAUGGACUGGGCAGAACUGUCAGCAAGGUGAGAACCCUUCAUGUAAAAGGCUGGAUAUUAUUCUUUGA